AUGGCUGCGUUGCAGCUUUGUACUCUGCCACCAGGAUAUCGCUUUAGGCCUACAAAUAAAGAACUUUUAGACUUUCUUAAAAAGAAGUCUAUGGACCAAACCCUGCCUUGUGACGUGUUUAUCGAGUGUGAGAUUUAUGGGGCUAACGACAAAGCCCCAUGGCAGAUUUUUACCGACGAAGAUCCGUGGGAGAUAUGCAGAACCAAAGACGAGAAGACAAAUUUAUGGAAGACAGAAGGUACAAUCUAUGUUUUCACGAGCUUGAUCAAGGGCAGAGGAAAAAAGAGACCAAGAACAGCCGAUUGUGGCUCAUGGCACGGAGAGACCGCUCUUGAACAAGUGUUGGAAAUUGACAAGGAUAAUAUCAGUUUGAUAGGGUACAAGAGGAUUUUGUGCUUUAAGAUUUCAAACGAAAUGGGUGCAAUCGAUAGGAGUGUGACAAAAGGCCACUGGAUCAUGCAUGAGUACUCUCUACCCGAUGGUGGCGAAUGUGUUCUUUGUAGGAUAAAAAGAGACGACUCAAAGGACACCAAGAUAUCACCAAGGAAAGGAAAGAAUGUAGAUCAGGCUGCUACAACUGAUGAUGACCUUAGAGUUCCGAAACCUGCAAAGCGUAUUCGAACGAAUUUGGGGGAAGAAAAGAAUAUGGAUUGCCAUAUUGUUGUGGCACCAAACACACAAACAAAAGUCGCUCCUUUCUUGGAAGAACUACUUGUGCAAGAACAGAGUUUUGCGAUGAGUAAUGAUCCAAAUGAGCUUACAGUUGAAGAAUUUGAAGCCAUUUGGGAGGAACAGGAGAAUGCAAAAACCUAG